AUGGGGAUGAGGCUUCGAAUCCGUGGUCCGGAGGGGCAGUCCACGGCCAUUCUCGACGACACGGCAACCGUGGAUGACCUCCGAAAUCAAAUUGUUAACGCGACCGGGUUAACUGCCUACGAGGUAAAAUACGGUUAUCCUGACCUCAGACCCCUCUCGUUGAAUGCGCUCGACCCAAGCCGGAGCUUGAAAGAAUGCGAGAUCAACCUCCACGGGGAACAACUGAUAGUCACAAGGAAAGGGGACCCCCUCCAAACUUCGGGGAGCAGUAACGAGCCGACCGCCUCUGUUCCCUCUAACCCUCCUGCUCCUGAAGCACCGUCGUCCCAGAACAUCGCGGAGGACCCUCCUGAGAUCGCGUCACCCGAGCAUAUGGGCACGUUUGUACUGCGCAUCAUGCCCGAUGAUAACUCAUGCCUUUUCCGCGCCGUGGGCAGCGCUGUCAUGGGAGAUAUGGAUGCGAUGAACGAGCUUCGAUCGGUUGUUGCUCAAACAAUCCAAGAGAGACCGGAUAUUUACUCGGAAGUGGUGUUAGAGAAGCGGCCGGACGACUAUUGCCGUUGGAUCCAAAACGAGGAUUCAUGGGGAGGAGCAAUUGAGCUCAAGAUCCUGAGCGAGCAUUUUUGUAUAGAGAUAUGCUCGAUCGAUGUGCAAACGCUUCGAGUUGACCGUUUCAACGAGGGCCCGCCCACACGAUGUAUCUUAGUCUAUUCCGGGAUCCACUAUGAUACCAUAGCGCUAUCCCCGUCCGCUCCGCCAUUCGCUCACUCCGAUAUCCCUCCUGAGUUCGACACAAAAGUCUUCCACUCAGCUGAUAACCUGGUACUAGAGAAGGCGUUGGAACUCUGUAAGAUCCUGCAGAGCAAGCAUUACUACACCGAUACUGCAGGAUUCAGUAUUCGUUGCAACAUAUGCGGAGGGACAUUUACGGGGGAGAAAGGCGCCACUCAGCACGCGGCCCAAACUGGCCACUAUGAUUUUGGAGAGGCUGGUUAA